CCAGGCUCCUGUGUUUGUGAGCGUCAGAGCCAAUGGGUGCGGGGCCCCUUCGCCCCGGCCGCCUCCCCUAGCACCGCCGCCUCCGGUUCGGUCCGCCGCCAGCGGCUUCUCUCCGGCCUGUUUCAGCGCCGGGCUUCCUCGAGUCGGGCCCGAGUGGGCUCUCGCCCUCCACUCCCUGCGCGAGCGGAGCCGGCCUGAACAUGGCUGCAUCGGGGCUGGAUCAUCUCAAAAAUGGCUACAGAAGAAGAUUUUGCCAGCCCUCCAGGGAACCUGGCAUUAAUAUGAGGCAAGGCCAGAACAUAUUGGUACUCUUACAAGACUGUUUUGAAGAACAAAGUCUUGCCAAUGAUUUUAGCACUAAUUCUACAAACUCAAUGCUUUGUUCAACACCUAAAAUAAAAGACAAUUGUCUACAGUCACCAAGCAGAGAGGCUCACUGCCAGAUAUCACAUUCAAAGUCAGUUCGAGUUUCUUCAAGAAAGAAAGGAGCCUCUCUGCAGUUCCCUACAGAACCAAGUGAAGCUGUCAGCGUAUCAGGUGGCCAUCAACAGAUGAAUGGAUAAAUAAUGUGGCAUAUAUGCUCAGUGGACUAUUAUUCAGCCAUAAAAAGGAAUGAAGUGCUGCUGACACAUGCUAUGAUGUGGAAGAACCUUGGAAACACUGGGCUUAGUGAAUACAAGUAUAUUCAUUUAGUGUUAUAAAUUUCCCUGUCGGCACUGCUAUAGCUGCAUGGCACAGAUUUUGAUGUGUUUUCUGUUCACUUAUUUAUUUCUGUGUAUUUUUACAUACAUAUACUUUGAGUCUUUCUCUUUAAACCAUUGAUUAUUUAGGAGUGUGUUAAUCCAAGUGUUUAGGGAUUGAUUGUCCUAUUUUCUUUUUUUUACUAAUUUCUAAUAUUGAUUCCUUUAUAGAAUAACAUACACUACGUGAUUUCAAUAAUUUUAAAUUUGGUUUUUGAUCUAGGAUAUCUAUGGAUGUUUCAUUUAUACUUGAAAAAAUAUAUUCUUUUGUUGAGUGUGCUUUCCUAUAAAUGUAAAUUAUGACAUAUUACUAAUUUUUAUACAUUGUUGGAUGUGAUUUGCUAAAAUUUUAUUGAGAAGUUUUUGCACAUAAGUUAAUGAGAGAUACUCAUAUGAUGUUUUCUUUUUUUAUGCUAUAUUUGUAUA